AUGACAACGUCACUGCUCCUCCGUCCGCGCUGGGUCGACCCGUCGGUGAUGUUCCUCUACGACAACGGCGGCGGUUCCGAUGAAGUGAGCAAGAACAUGGAGGGAUUUGCUGGUGGCAACUUUGCUGCGAACCAGUGCAGGAAUCUGAUGGCGCACCCCGCGUCCCUGGCACCGAGCUCGGCUUACUCGUCAAGCGACGUGCCCACCUCCGGCAUGGGCGAGCCGGUGAAGCAGUGCAGCCCGUGCUCCGCGGCUCAGAAUUCAUCCAGCGCGUCCCUGCCAUAUGGGUACUUCGGCUAUCCAAGCAGAAUGUCGCAUCACAGCAGCAUAAAGUCCUGCGGGACGCAGCCCCCAUCCGCAUAUGGGGAGAAAUACAUGGACACGUCCGCCUCGGGCGACGACUUCACCUCUCGGGCAAAGGAAUUCGCUUUUUAUCCAACUUACCCCUCGGGCCCGUAUCAACCUGUUCCCAGCUACCUGGAUGUCCCCGUGGUGCCAACUAUAAGCGCGCCGUCAGAGGCUCGGCACGAGUCCCUGCUGCCCAUGGAGAGCUACCAGCCGUGGACUCUCGCUCCCAACGGAUGGAACGGUCAGGUUUACUGCGCCAAGGAGCAGCCUCAGCCUGGGCACAUGUGGGUGUCCUCCAUACCAGACGCAGUGUCUCAUGCCGGAGGAGACUCCGGCUCUUAUCGACGUGGAAGAAAGAAGCGCGUGCCAUACACCAAGGUGCAACUGAAGGAACUCGAGCGCGAGUACGCGGCUAAUAAAUUUAUCACAAAGGACAAAAGGAGGAGGAUAUCUGCCCAGACUAACCUGUCUGAGAGGCAGGUCACGAUAUGGUUCCAAAACAGACGCGUAAAGGAGAAGAAAAUUGUCAACAAACUGAAAACCAUCAGCUAG